UAGACACACGCGCUUGACCUCUACCUACUGCGCAGUGCGCGCAACAGGGGCGACUUCGCCAGGAUCGCUGAUCUGCGCAGAACGAGAGGUUAGCUGAAAUGGACAAUCCAUUUUGUAUGCCCACAAAUGACAAUCCAUUUCAAGUACCGCAACCUGGGGAAAAAGAGUCGCAUGCCGCGGAAGAAGCACCCGAAGUGGCUAAGGAGAAACAGCUUGCGCAACGAGGAGAAAAUCAAGCCAUGUACAAUUACAGCCAAAAGUUCAUCGAGCAAAAGGAACGGGAGCUCAUGGACUCUAUUGCGAAGAACUACGGGCGCAUUCGAGAAGUGGAGCGUGAGCUAGGAAACCUGCAGCUGCAGCUCAAGCUGACGGCGGGGCCGAAGAAGCACGCGCUCGAGCUCCUGCGCAAAAAGAUCGAAAUUCAGAACGAGAAGGUGGCGUCAGUGCGCGCCAAGCACACAGUGGCCAAGGCGACGUAUGAGCGGCUGGACGCGGAGCUGAAGCGCGAGGAGGAUGCCAAGGACCAGCUGUGCGGCGAGCUCAACACGCUGGUGCAGCAGGCGGCCAAGGCGCAGCUGGACAAACUGGAGGAGCUCAAGACCCAUCUGGAGUCGCUGUACGCGGGCGUGCUGCCGAAGGAGCUGGUUGCUCAGCAGGCGGCGGCGGCAGCAGCCGCAGCGGCGGCAGCGGUGGUGGUGCAGGCGAACGCGGCGGCGGCAGCCGCCGCCGGCACGACCGGGCCAGCCCCGGGCGCGGGGUCACAACAGGGAGCGGCGCAACCGGGUGCCUCUGCGGACGACCAGCAGCGCCAGGAGGUGGAGCGGCGGCGACAAGAGGAGGAGGCCGCCGCCGCAGCAGCCGCUGCAGCAGUUGAGCGGCAACGGCAGGAGGAGGCCGAGAGGCGGAAGCGGGAGGCGGAGGCGGCGGCAGCAGCGGCGCGUGCCAGGCACGUAUCGCUCAACCCAGCAGCAGGCCCUUCGGGCCCAGGGGCGCCGCAGCAGGGGCGCGCAUCACCGCAGGCGCCGCCUGCACGUCCGAGGCCGGCAGGCGGCGCGCCGGCAGCCGCGGCCGCUGCGCCUGCAAACGCUUCUGGCGGCCGCUUCCUGGGUUUUGACACAUGAGCGCGGGUGGCGGGUUGCUGGCGACUUGUGGUCCUGGUGGGUGGUAAGGCGGGACAGAAGCUGUGUUUGCCAACCGGCAGGCAGCCCGCCGGUGGCGCAGCGCGGGGGCUAGCGGCGGCAAUAGAGAUGGAGAAUGAAAGUGAACAUAGCUUUGGUGGUGCAGGGAAGAGCACAUUAAGCGCAAUCGCAACAGAGUGGAGGCCUGCACAGGUUAAGGCAAAGAGUGUAACGCAACUGGCAA